UGUUUCAUUUUAGUGAUGGUUCUAUUCGUUUGUUACGUGUUUGUUUUGGGUUUAGGGUAUGUUUUGGUAUGUUUUUCUAUGUUUGUUAAUGAAAUUUUCGUCAAUGUUAUUGUAGAUGGAGGGUCCUCUCAUGAUUUUUGUGUUUCACCAUGGUGGAAUGUUUAAAAACUCGGUUGAUGAAAACAUGAUAUAUGAACAUGACAAAGUCACUCUUUGAGCAGUUUAUGAGGGUUGCUAAUUUCUAUUUCUUGGUCAUUGGUGUCUUGGCAAUGACAAAGCUUGCUCCAUACACUGCUGUCAGCGCAAUCGUUCCUCUCUGGGUCAUCGUUGGGGUGACCAUGGUCAAAGAGGGUAUCAAAGAUUGGCGUCGCAAGAUACAGGAUGAAGUUGUAGCUACGCCACUUAAAUUACAGGUGAUUAAAGCGAAAGUAAGAGCUAGAUUCUCCCCUAAACUUACUGCAGCUACACCAGUGGCUAUCUCAACUAAGACCAUCAAAGAGACAAGUUCUACAACUGCUAAGAAGCUGGCCAACUUUAUGAUUUUUGUGCCUAUUCCAGGCUUUAAGAACCCAAGAAAGAAUGAUAAACUACUUUGAUUAGAAAGCAAUGUAUG